CGUUCUGGCGGAUGUCGCAAGCGGCGCUGCAAUCUGUUGCUCUCCCUCCCCGCACUUACCGCAAGGUCAACGAGUUUGUUAUCGCCGCUCGUGGCGUCCCGCUUUCACGCUGUCGACUCUAUCUGGGCACAGGGAGUCAAACUAACACCGUGGCCCUAACGACAAGCAAGAAAAUGGCCGCAGCCCGUCCAAAACCCUACUACCAGAUCAUCGACGGGGUACCCAGGUGCCCUUUCAUGACACCAGAGACCCUCAGGCAGGGUCUCGACUUCGUUGCCCGCAAGGGUGACCUGCUGCAGGUUUCGUACCCGAGAAGCGGCACACACUGGGUCCAGUACAUCACGCAGCUGAUACUCAAGGAGGGCGAACCAGUCGACACGUACGAGCAGUUCAUGGAAGGCGCCAAGUUCAUCGAGUACUUCGUGGAUGCCCCCGACUGCAAGCAGAGCACCCCGAUGCGCACCCUGUGUACUCAUCUGCCAUUGAGAAAGGACAAGCUAAACCCUGAGGCCAAGUACAUCUACGUAGCUCGCAACCCGUGGGACGUCUGCGUGUCACUAUACCAUCACGAGAAAAACUUGAGCGUCUUCCGCUUCGAAGAUGGCACAUUCGAUGAUUUCCUAGAAGUCUUCUUGACUGGCGAACUCGGAUACGGUUUCUACUUCGACCACGUGACCGCCGGGUACGCUUUGAAGGAUGAGCCCAACGUGUUCUUCUUGACGUACGAGGAACUGACGAGGGACACUCGACGUACUGUGCUUCGGUUGGCUCGCUUCAUCGGGGAGCGCUUCGGUGAAAUGCUGGAGGAAGAGGGCGAAGAGAGGCUAAGCCUAAUCCUGCAGAGGAGUAGCGCGAGAAACAUGAAAGACAUUAUGAUAUUCAACCUGCGCGAAAUCCCCGAUCCAGGAAUGCAGAAGCUCUUCGACAAACUCAACCCGUCAUCUAAGGCAGCGCAUGGAGGUGACGCGAAGUGUCACGAAGUGCUCAGACAGGCCAAGGUUGGAGGGUGGAGAGAGUGCUUCACUCCCAAGCAGCUGCGACGCAUGGAAGCCACAAUCGAGGAAACGACGCGAGGAUCCGACGUCAUGGAACUGUGGAGUGACAUACGACGGGAAGCGUUGACUUUGUGCGAACAGUCUGGGUAGACUAGGCGCGCUCAGACACGCCUUCAUUCAUCCAAGACGAAGCCUGCUAUGACGGCAAAGAAGACCGUGGAAGAUUAUCGGCCUAUUUAGUGGAUCUUUAAAAUCAAGUCUCUCUUUUGUUUACGUAAAGCGGUGUCGCUCAUGUGGAGGCUAUACCUGCCUCAAGGUCGACUAACAAAAAAGGGGGGUGUGUGUUACGUGUAUCCGCCGUUAUUUACUCCAAGGACGCGCACCAUCGUUUCUAAGCUUUCUUUUUUCCUUCUUUUGAAAGGCAGAAUGGGCGUGGGCAUUUAGAAGGUACGGGAGAACCUCGCUCUCCUUACCCUGCUACCUACGUACGGCGCGUGCAAUCAGUGGACUCAAUCAAAUGGCCACAGAGCGUCUAUUACACAGCAGUGACAGCUGAAGCAGUACACCUAGUAAAACUCGUGAAAGAACGAUGGGCCCUUUCGACAGCGCAUUAUAAUACUGUUAGUUCCGGACGUCGUUUCCUCCUCCAGGCUGGCUUCAGGAUCCUGAGUUUUUAAAAAUUACUGGUCUGGACUCUAUAGGCUUUGGUUAGACUUGCCUGUUAUGUGUAUUGCGUCGGCCUUUUGUCGUCAUCGUAACCCGUCAUGCCCCUCUCUCUUUACUUCAGGCCGACCUGACUGCUUUCGUAUCAUUGAACUUCCGUCUCUAUCUCUCUCUGACAAUACGAGGCAGGGUGAGGGAAAACUACCAACUGUCUCAACUGUUCUUUAUCUUUGAGCACUGCACUUUACCAUCGAGGAUCUGACAUAACGUUUCCGAUGUGGCCGACAUGUAUAAAUGCGUCGCUUGUAAAGGAUGUGGAUGCAUGCAAGAAUGCGAAAAGACCAUUUUUUUAGGAAUACUCGUAGCUAUGCAAAGGCUGCAGAACACAGGCACCCGGGAACUUCUUUGAACUCCUUCGACUUCUUCUCGAGGGAGGUACACUUGAUGUCACGUGGUCACAUUUCCCUUAAAGCAAGAAGGCAGCGGUGUACACUGCACGCCGUCUGUUCUGAUGUCAGUCAGGCAUGUCAUUUUUUUUCAAUUAUGACAUAUUUAUGUCACAAGCUUGAUUCAAGAAUUCGCUAGUUUCUUUAUGGUGCGUUGCGUGUGUCUUUUUUUCUUAUUAUUUCUAAGUCGCAUCGAACCAAGUGCGCUAUAACGUGAAGCUAUUCCACACUGUUUUUAUUCCAUUUCUGCGAUCAGUCAACCCCGAUUGAUGAAAAAAUUUUUCGGCUGCCCCCGCUUCGCCUGUCUGUGACGUGACGUCGCGAAAACUCCCCAUCUGAUAUCACGUGUGCACACUGAUAUGCCAAAUUAGACCUGAACAAAAGGAAAUUAAGCAUUAGUGCUUCCCCACCUUUUUCGUCAUUAGUCCACCACUAUUGGUUAAAUGUUGUCCAGUACCGCCGACUUCGCUUUUCUUUCAAGCAAUGUCACAAAACGGCGAAAAGUGACCACGUCGAAGUGAUGUGUACGCAUUAAAGAUGCAUUAACAUGCCGAUAUAUUCGUAAUACGCGGCGACUACCGCGUCCCGAAAGGAAUAUAGGACGUAUGCAUACCUACCGCUCUUUUACUGGCUACUCGGAGAUGCCGCGAACAACGACUUUAUUUGCGUAUAAUAAAACAUUUUACGUGGCAGUAUAUAGUUGCCGAGCCCUUUCGGCACGUAUGACAGUAAGGUCCUGUUUCUUGAGGAUUUUAAUCUGCCUGGGAUUGACUAACCUUCAAAAUUGCCUGGCACACAAGAGGUGCCUAGUUGUGAACAGUUGCUAGAUCUUGCCUUCAAUCAUAAUUUAGUUCAGGUGGUAACCAACUACACAAGGAUAUGUCCUUGUGUGUGGAUAUGUCCACAACGAUAUCAUCCAUUCUCGAUUUGAUCUUUGUAUCUGAGCGCCUAAAAUCAUCCGUCCGCGACUGCUAAAUACUCGACGGAUUAUCGAAUCACGUGAUGGUUUUGUUGUCGUUAGACGCAUCACCAGAGAUCACGAAUACUCAUUCUCCCACAAUUUUCCCUAAUUUUAGAACCGCCGCUGACGUUGCGGUAAUAAACUGCCUUGAUUAUUCGCUCUCUGAUUUCAUGCAGCAUAUUUAUGACUCUGGUGCUAGUACAGACCGAUUAUAGAACUGCUUUUCUGAACUGACAGCUCGAUGCAUUAAACAGUUUAUUCCGAAAUAAACUAAACUUACUAAUAAAAGAACUCAUUGGAUCACUAGAUAUAUAUAUCUAGUGAUCCAAUGAGAUCCAGACCCACAUGUUAAACGGAGACAAACGUAAAAGGAAGGCGGCUUCACGAAACCCUGACCCUGGAAAGAAACUUUCAAUGGCCUAUGAGCGCAGGAUUGAAGCCCCUGCAAAAGGAAUCCAAAGAAAGGUUGUAUACCGUAACACUAAUGAAGUUUCAUCGUGAAUCCCCUAGUAAAUUUUGGCGUUGCAUUAAUCCGUCAUCUGGUAUGCACCUUGCUGGAGAAGGGAGAAUUGCCAAGAACGUGCUGAAAAUGUUAUCUCUUAUUUUUCAUCUGUGUUCAAUCAUGACAAUGGUGUAUUACCGCCUUUUGCUGAUGAAAGUCCAAGAGCGCCUAUACCCAAUUUAGAAAUUGAUGAACAAGACGUUCUGAACCUUUUACUCCAUGUUGACGUCAAAAAGAGUCCGGGCCCGGACGGAAUCCCUAACGAGCUUUUGUACAGGUACGCUGAAUGGGUUUCUAAAUAUAUGACAAAAAUAUUUCAGACACCUAUCAGUAGCGGAUGUUUUCCUGGUGCUUCGAAGCGAGCAAAAGUCCCGCCUGUUCCCAAAAGCGUGAAAAAAUGGUCUGUUAACAAUUACAGAUUAAUUUACCUCACCAGUACAACUUCCAAGUUACUUGAACAGAUCAUAUAUAAACACCCCUUGCACUACCUCGAUCAGCAUAAUCUUCUUUACUGUCGUCAACAUGGUUUUCGAAAGGGCCUCUCUACAGUUACCCAUUUUAUAGAAACAGUUCGCGACCUUGCUGAAACAAGAAAUUCAUGCGGUCAAAAAGACAUUAUAUACCUGGAUUACGCAAACGCGUUUGAUAAGGUGUGUUGCACCCGAAACUGUUACUUAAGUUAAAACUAUCUUUAAAAAUCAAAGUUUAACAAAAUGGUUCUCGUACAUUUCUUUUCGGGAACAAUAUAUGCACUUUGGGGUUAUCUAAUCUAGCACUCUGCCCGUCGUCUUUGGGGUAACACAAGGUAGUGUUCAAGGUCAGGUUUUAUUUUUUAAUCUUUAAUAAUGAUUUAUACAAAAAAAUUUCUGUGUCAUUAAGACUCUUCGCUGACGAUUGCGUGAUGUACAGUAAAAUAAAUUCCAAACCAAGAUCAGAGCGAAUUCAAUUCUAACCGUCAAAAAAAUAAUGAAAUGGUGGGAGGAAUGACACAUGGAGUGAAACUUCAAAAAGUCCGUGUUCGUGACUAUAACUAGGAAGAAAAAUAUUCUUUGUUACGAUUAUUAAAUUCAUGGGAACACGCUAGAACGAGUGAAUCAUUAUAAAUAUCUAGGAGUGACCUUUAUAUCAGACCUACGAUGGAAUACCCAUAUAGAUACGGUAGUCUACAAAGCUUCCAAAAAGCUGUAGUGCCUGAGACGUACCAUGCACAUUGCUACUCCCGACGUAAAGAGGGUCACAUACAAAUCUUUCAUAAGGCCAGUAAUAUAAUAUGCAAAAAUAGUAUAGGACCCUCACACAGCAAUCAUCGGCCUCAAGCUUGAAAAGUUUCAACGCCUGGCCUCAAGAUUUAUUUAAUAAAUACCGCCGCAUCUAAAAUUUCCUCAACUCGACUGUGCAAACAAGCUCAACUACCGGCUCUCGAAGCAAGAACCAGAUAUGAAAGAUUGAAAUUCACUUACCUUAUUAUCCACAACUACGUUAGGAUAAGCGAAUAAGAAUAUUUUGAAAUCAAAACUAACCAACAUCCAGACAUGGCCACGGUAAAUUUAUUCGAUUACCGGUUUUAAGAAAUGAUUGCUGUGAGUUCAGUUAUUUUCCCCGCACUUGCAGAGAUUGGAACACUCUCCCAGGCUCCGCUGUAUCAUCUUGGACAUUUACCGAAUGCCUUCACAAUAUUGACAAUGUUGUGUUCCCUACUGAGACCGAGCAGUAUGAGACUGUAUUGCCUGUGUGAAGUGAACGGACUCUUUGUGCCUGUAUGAUGUUUUGUUGUUUUGUUUUGUGCCAAGAGACUGUAUUUUCCAACUGCCGUAUCUGCAUUUAUUUUCUGUUGAAUAUCUGCCCAUCUUUGCAAUUUUGUACUUUCUAUUGUAUUCAUAUUUGUCAUUUCCCAGUCCUGUUAUAGUCCCUCUGGGACUGAUAGUAUCAAUAAAUGAAAUAAAAUGAAAU